AUGUCUUUUGAUCGUUGGAUUCGUACAGGAUCAAUCACUUCAACAAAUUUACCAACUCAACCUCACUUUGGAUUGGAUAAUCCAAGAAUUUCCUUGGGUUUGGAAAAGGACCUUCCAGAAAUUACAAACAAGAUUUUCGAUCGAUUAUUAAAUUAUCACGUCUGUGCUGAGAAUCAAGUCAAUGAAUUACUUCAACAAUUUGAAUAUAAUAAGGUAUUGGAAAAAUCAGAAAAAUCUCUGAAUGAAGUGGACAAACAUGUUGAGCAAUCCACACAAAAGAUUGUACAAUCAAUUGCUACUUUUGAUGAAAUUAAUCCCGAAAUUCAGAAAACUAUUUCAGUCUCUCUGGCCUAUGCACAAGAUUGGAUGAAUAAGAAGACGAAGAGUCAACAACCUCAGAAACCAUCCUAUCCAAUUCAUUCCCAAUCAUCUCUUCCUCCAACUGUUAAUACUACAACACAACAAUCAACAACAACUCCAACUACUUCAUCAUCAUCAACAACAACCCCUGUACAGCAAACAACUCCUUCCAAUGAAGAUCAAUCUACAACAACAGCUUCCUCGGAUAAUAAUUAAAUAAAUUAUCAUGAUCCAAUAUAUUAAUACAUU